AUGUCUACUUGUCAUAUUACCUGCACCAAGAAUGCAACUCAGCAUCCUGGUCUUGUAGACAUGGUCCUGAAGAAGAAACAUCACACAGCUGCAGAAGUAGCUGCUGAGCGUCAGGCUAAGUUAGAUGCCAAAGAAGAAAAGGAACAUGCCAAGGGUGCUAGGAUCAAAUGCUGUAGCCUUACCAAAAUCAAAGCCCUGUCCAAGGCCUAUUCAAAGAAGACUUAUGCAAAACCCUCUCCACCUCCUGAAGAUGACAGAUUCAUUUCUGAUGUUAAGAUGGAGGAUGCCAUCAGCAGCACCUUUGACCCAGAUCCAUCCUAA